AUGCAAGUCUCUCCACGUGUGCCAAAAGUGAAGGCGAAAACCCCAUACGACCUUCCAGAAAGGGUGCGGUGGUACCACAUAUUGUGGGAAAUGCGCAAGGGCGAGUUUCGUCGUUCUUAUAUUUCCAUGCAGCGCCGCCACUGGCGCAUUUUUUUGAAGUACGAGAGUCACUUGAUCUACGAACGCGCGGUGAUGGGCCUCUUGGCAGCAACGGUGAUAUAUGCCCUCUCUAAUCUAAAUAUCGUGAAGGCGGUUGUACGCCUGCCGACCGAGGAUAUUAAUGAGCUGCUCAAAGAGGAUGUGUGGCAGGGUUAUCGGAACGAAGUGAAUCAAAGGAAGGAGCACGCGAAUAAAAUGCUCGAGGAGUCGGCGUUCAUAAGGGAUAAAAACAAGCCGUUUUCAAGUUAG